UUUAUUGCAUGAUUUUACAAUGACUAAUUUGUUGCCAUAAACUAACGAUAGUUAAAUCCUGGUCAUGUUUUUUUUGUUCUAUUUUAUUUUAACAGCUAAUAUGUGUCUAAGUUCUGUGCUAGCAGAAAACAAGUUCGUAGUGGGAAGUGGAGCCAAAACUGUUUGUAUAUGCUACUAUGAGCAGGAAAACAACUGUGACUUUGUGUUUUGUGAUCAUAAAGAGAAUGGCAUCCACUAAUGAGACUGAAAAUCUAGGUGAGAGUGAUACUAUGAAGAAGCUUAAACAUGUCGAGAGCAAGCUUCUCAGAUGCAAUGUUCCUGUUGAUGAGCUUCUUGAACUGCUUGAUGUGGAGGAGCGACUAGUCUCUGUGGAUGAAUUGCUAGAUGCUGAUGAGGUCUUCUGCACAGGGACAGCUGUGGUUGUGUCACCUGUAGGCAGUGUUACUUAUCUUGGCAACAGGGUAUCCUAUGGAGAAGGUAUUGGAGCAGUGUCCCAGCAACUCUAUAGUGUCCUUACAAGACUGCAGAUGGAUAUUACAGAGGAUGUGAUGAAUUGGACUGUUAAGCUGAGAUAGGCACAUAAAGAAAUAGCUGGCACUACAUCUUCGCUGAAAUCCCAUGCAAAUCUCCAACCACUAGAACUAGUUCUUUUAAAAUUUUGCUUUUUGAUAUGAUUAGUUCUUGUGGAUAGUC